AUGCCCCACAAAAGCAAGAAGGACAAGGAAUCCUCCAAGUCUGAAAGGACGAAGAAGUCGGACAAGAAUGGCUCCACAGACCAAGAUGGGAAGAAGGUACCGCCUGCCGCCCAACUGCUCAGGAUGAAGCAGCCGGGGUCACACUCGGCCGUGAAGCGUGAGAAGAGGUUCAGUACGUCCACGUUUCCCCUGAGCGCCAACCGAGAGCUGCAAAAACUCACCCCAAUUGUAGGGUCUCCUGGGACGGAACUUGACCAGAGUCUGGUGCUGGUUCUCCUGCGUCAGGGACAGGGCUGGUACUUAGGUCUGCAGUCAGAGGAACCCUGCCAGCCAGAGCCCAGAAGAGGCAGACCCAGAGCUCCAAAUUCCAGCAGCAAAGUCCCACCCCUCACUCCCUCUCCCUCAAAUCCCCUUCCUCACCUCCUCCCAUCCUCCUCUCCCAUUGCCCCGGUGCUGUCCCCUCCCAGCCAAUCAGCGCGCACCCAGCUCGCUGACGUCACAAACUAG